AUGUUUGCAAGGGACCGAGGCAUAAGCACCUCCAGAAGUAUCUUCUCCAACUGUCCCCCUUUGAAGGCAAUAGUCCCAGUCCAGGUCGACCAUCCACCCCCUGCUACAUCAGAUUCACAAGUCGAGGAAGAAGAGGGUCCCCAAGACCGCAAUACUGUUCGCAGCGUAAAUUCUCAGGAUAAACCGAGAGAGAACCGUGAAACAAGCGGAGAGGGAGGCGUCACCAGUCAACCAAGUGAUUCACUGGAGGGAAAACGGUCAUCUAAUACUAGGGAGCCAAGCCAAAGAUUCCUGACCUCAAUACCGCGAAACAAGGAGACAAAGUCUGACCCAAUCCAGCCUGUGUCCGUGGGAAAAGAGACCGGUACUCCCAACUGUCCUCGCGAGUUGAAGACAUUUGCUGCUGUUAAGCCAUCGGCACCGUUCAACGUUCGGCGGAUCUACUCCAGCCCGGGGCUCACGCAGAGGAUAUCAAAUAAAAUCGCAAUGUCCUUUUGCCCCCCAACAGUCGUCCAUCGCGCAAAUCUGCGACGCAGGCCAACCAUAGGUAGCUUUUCUAUUGGUACACCGCCGUUGAGUUCAUCUACGCUUCAAAAAUUAGGUGACAAUGCGCAAGACGACUCGGACUCCUCCGCGGCACAUCUGAGUGGGAGUGGCACUUCUCACAGAAGCCAAUCUACGAAUCCUACUUCAGAAGGGAGCCCCAUAUUUCCACCAAAAGCCGAUUCUGUGAGCUUGACCGGUAAGGAAAAGGGCACUGUUCCUGUGCAAACCACUCCAUCGGAAAUUCAGUCACCAUCUUUUGGAGGGCCGCCACCGGUAAUUACGCCAUCUAUUGUUACUGUUGAAGCAACAGCAUCUGCAAAGAUAUUCUUUGAAACAUACUUCGAUGCAUUAUUCUCUGAAGAUCCGCCUAGGAUGCGCCGGCAACGUGAAUUAGAACAAAAAAUGUACUCAUUACCCCUAUCAGAAGAAGAGAAGGAGGCAGCUCGACGUGCCUGGUUUCGCCAAGAAUCUGAGCAUCUUCGUCAAGACCGCGUUUUAAAGGCCCAUUCAAACUGUAUGGACCGCAAAAAAAGCAUAUUAAUCGCUGGGUAUGAGGUUGUCAAGGUCCUUGGAAGGGGUAGUUUUGGCGUUGUUCGGUUGGUUAAAGAAAAGAAUGCCAAUUCCGAAUCUUCGCAGCAAAUCUCGAAGGGUGGGCGACCUUUCCGUCGAAAGGAGACAGGGAAGAUGAGAAAAGACGUCUUUGCCAUGAAAGUUAUCCGCAAAUCGGAGAUGUUGUUAAAUUGCCAAGAAGGGCAUCUGCGAGCAGAGAGAGAUUUUCUCGUCGCAUCCUACAAAUCUCGAUGGAUUGUACCGCUUGUAGCUAGUUUCCAGGAUACGCAUAACCUUUACCUUGUCAUGGAGUACAUGGUAGGUGGGGAUUUUCUUUCUUUGCUGAUGAGAAAGAACAUCCUAUCUGAAGAAGUCUCAAAGUGGUAUAUUGCGGAGAUGAUCCUAUGUAUUGAGGAAGCUCACCGACUGCGUUGGAUCCAUCGGGACGUUAAGCCUGACAAUUUCCUUAUUUCGGCAUCGGGACAUCUAAAAAUUUCCGACUUUGGACUUGCUUUCGAUGGACAUUGGUCCCACAACCAGGCCUAUUUCAACAACCAUCGACAGUCAUUGCUAAAGAAACUGGGAAUCAAGGUAGAGGGAGAUGCGGAAGAUAAAAAAGCUGCAAUCGAAGAAGCUAAUAGGCCUUACAAGGUCGCAGGCUCUCCUGAGGGUGGGAACGAAAAAACUGCGGAAAGGGUGGACAGAAGACAACCAAGUCCAGGCGAGGAUAUCCUUCGGUGGCGCAAUCGCAAGGAACGAAGGAAGCUCGCAAUGAGCGUGGUCGGUACAAGUCAAUAUAUGGCCCCUGAGGUCGUUAGAGGUGAUUUGUACGACGGAAGAUGUGACUGGUGGAGCAUUGGUAUCAUUUUAUUUGAGUGUAUAUUUGGAUAUACCCCUUUUUCAGGGGAUUGCCGUGAUGAUACCAAGAAUAGAAUCAUGAACCAUCACGAACACUUAAUAUUCCCUGCAGACCGACCAUCGGACAGAUUGGUUUCUGAAGAGGCAAUCCAGCUGAUUGGACAAAUUCUUCAAGAGAAAGAAUACCGCCUUUCCUCUCGGAAGUAUCUGUUAAACGACUAUAUACAUUCAAAACGAGUACCUGGCGAGCUACUCAAUAAGGCAGCCAACGGGGCAAGUAGGAAUUACCAAGGCUACUAUGUAUACCCAGAUGAUGCAGCGGAUAUCAAGGAUCAUCCUUUCUUUAGGGACAUCAAAUGGGACGAAAUAUAUUUCACAAAGCCUCCGUUCGUACCUAAGGUCAAGAGCUGGGAAGACACGAAAUAUUUCGAUGCUUCAGUUGCAGAUCGGAAUGACGGCUCGUCAGAAGAUACUCCUCCAAAUGAGCCCGACGCCGAAAAUCCAAACGACGCUGAUAACGGUGCAGGACCUGCUCUGAAUGGAAAUAAACAGGGAAAUGGUACUGUCGAAAAUACCUCAAACGUGAAAUUGAAACCAGCGAAAAAGAAGGGCAAGCGGAAAGCUCGGGAUAAAAUCCUACGUGAUGAGUCCGUAGGGAAAAUCGCACUGAACAUUCGCAAACAAGGGGCAUUUUUGGGUUAUGCUUAUAAACGCCCGAAAGAUGUUAUUGCUGCUUUUGCACAAGAAAGAGGGAGACCGUUGGUUGAUUCUAUAGAGUGA